AUGACUACAGAGAUUGGACAUAAUCUCAACAUUGAUCAAUCAAUUGUUUUGAGACAUUUACGGAAGCUUGGGAUGGUAAAUAAGCUUGAUGUUUGGGUGCCGCACGAACUGAACGAAAAGAAUUUAAUGGACCGAAUUUCAGCUUGCGAUUCACUGCUUAAACGCCAUCAAAACGAAUCAUUUUUAAAGCGAAUGAUCACUGGCGAUGAAAAGUGGAUUGUCUACAACAAUAUCAAUCGAAAAAGAUCAUGGUCCAAGCGCUCAGAGGCUGCUCAGACGAUCGCAAAGGCUGGAUUACACCCGAAGAAGAUCAUGCUCAGUAUCUGGUGGGAUUGGAAAGGAAUCGUCUAUUAUGAACUGCUGCCCAACAAAAUGAUUGAUUCGACCAAAUACUGCUCAUAA